GGAUUUAUGGUUGGCACCAUGGUUGUUCUGUGGCUGGCACCAUUGAUUUCGCGACCCCAACCAAACGUCAAAGCGAAAUUUUUCAAAAUUGUUUUCUGGCCAAGAGUGUUCAACUUAGUUUAAACAUCUUGCAAAAUGGUGUUAGAAAGUACGAUGAUUUGUGUCGAUAAUAGUGACUACAUGAGAAACGGGGACUUCCUCCCGACUCGCCUCCAGGCCCAACAAGACGCUGUUAAUUUAGUUUGCCACUCGAAAACAAGAUCAAAUCCUGAAAAUAACGUCGGAUUAUUAACCCUAGCCAACGUUGAAGUAUUAGCGACUCUUACUAGUGACGUGGGGCGAAUUUUAUCGAAACUCCACCAAGUCCAACCCAAUGGGGACAUCAACCUACACACCGGAAUACGCAUUGCUCAUUUGGCACUGAAACACCGUCAAGGCAAGAACCACAAAAUGCGAAUUGUGGCUUUUGUUGGCAGCCCUGUCGCAUCUGAAGAGAAAGAGUUAGUAAAAUUGGCGAAAAAACUGAAGAAGGAGAAAGUGAACGUCGAUAUUGUCAGUUUUGGGGAAGACUUUACCAAUAAUGAAGUUUUGACCACUUUUAUCAACACUUUAAAUGGAAAAUGCUUGAAGGAUGGCAGCAGCAGCCAUUUAGUGACGGUCCCCCCCGGUCCCCACCUUUCGGACGCUCUUAUUUCUUCGCCGAUAAUCCAGGGCGAGGAUGGUACCGGCGGUGCCGGUUUGGGGGCUUCCGGUUUUGAAUUCGGCGUCGACCCCAACGAAGACCCCGAGUUGGCCCUCGCCCUCCGCGUGUCCAUGGAGGAACAACGGCAAAGACAAGAGGACGAGGCGCGACGCGCGAAAGAAGCCUCGUCUACUGAGACAGGGACCAAGGCUUCGCCCAUUAAGGAGGAACCGAGUGAAGAAGCAAUGCUCGAAAGGGCAUUAGCGAUGUCCAUGGAGGAGGAUGGGGAGAGUGCCCCCGCGGGGGUCCCCACUGUCGAUUUUGCUAAUAUGACGGAGGAUGAACAAAUCGCGUUUGCUAUGCAGAUGUCGAUGCAGGAUGCACAGGAAUCGAGUUCGGGGAAGAAGGAGGAGCCGAUGGAGGUUGAAGGGGAUGAGGACUAUUCGGAAGUGAUGAAUGAUCCGGCGUUUUUGCAAAGUGUUUUAGAGAAUUUACCAGGGGUUGAUCCGCAGUCGGAAGCUGUAAGGCAAGCGGUGGGGAACUUAAAGGAUAAGAAGAAGGAAGACAAGGAUGAUAAACAAAAGAAAUAAGUUAGGGAUAAUUGUUAAUUUAGUUAUUUUUUUACAUAAUUAUACAUUAUAUGCGGAACUGUAUUGAUUUGAUUGGUAGUGUGAAGUAUCAUUUCAAAUAAAUGGAUAAAUAUUAA